GUUUGACCGAUAAUCCAGGAUGUGAAUGUUUUGUUUAGUCCGUGCAACUGGCAAAGAUGUUUACAAUAAAUAUAUUCAGCAUUUUUAUUCUUAGUUGCAGCGACCAAGAAGAAAACAACUAGAUGAAAGCCACAGACGUUUAUCUCUCGCUUUGUCUGCACUUUGCAUGAGCAGAGGGGAUUGAAUGGUCACUGAUUGCUGUCCUCGUUUGGGAUUGCAGCUUGGCCUGUCAGUGUACUGCUGUUACAAUCAUGUUUUUUUCAUAAAGAUGGCAACGAGGGGCACAUUAUAAACUAAAUGACUGUCAGAAACAUCGCCUCUAUCUGUAAUAUGGGCGCCAAUGCCUCUGCUCUGGAGAAAGACAUUGGUCCAGAGCAGUUCCCCAUUAAUGAACACUACUUUGGAUUGGUCAACUUCGGGAACACGUGCUACUGUAACUCAGUGUUGCAGGCUCUGUAUUUCUGCCGGCCCUUCAGGGAGAAUGUGUUGGCUUAUAAAGUCCAGCAGAAGAAGAAGGAGAACCUUCUCACCUGUCUGGCCGACCUCUUCCACAGCAUCACCACGCAGAAGAAGAAGGUGGGCGUGAUCCCUCCCAAGAAGUUCAUCUCACGUCUGCGGAAGGAGAAUGACCUGUUUGAUAACUACAUGCAGCAGGAUGCCCACGAGUUCCUGAACUACCUGCUGAACACGGUAGCUGACAUCCUGCAAGAGGAGAAGAAACAGGAAAAACAGAACGGACGACUAAAGAACAACGGCACUGCCAUCGCCUCAGACACCGAGCCAGAACAGAACAAGGUCGAGCCCACCUGGGUUCACGAUAUCUUCCAGGGCACACUGACCAAUGAGACGCGCUGUCUCAACUGUGAGACGGUCAGUAGCAAGGAUGAAGACUUUUUGGAUUUGUCUGUAGAUGUUGAGCAGAACACUUCAAUAACACACUGUCUCAGGGACUUCAGUAAUACAGAGACCCUGUGCAGCGAGUAUAAAUACUACUGUGAGAUGUGCUGUAGCAAACAAGAGGCACAGAAACGUAUGCGUGUGAAGAAGCUGCCCAUGAUCCUGGCUCUUCAUCUGAAGCGCUUUAAGUACAUGGAGCAGCUGCAUCGCUACACUAAACUGAGCUAUCGUGUGGUCUUUCCACUGGAGCUCCGCCUCUUCAACACCUCCGUAGACGCUGUCAACCUCGACCGCAUGUAUGACCUCGUCGCUGUGGUGGUCCACUGUGGCAGUGGCCCAAACAGAGGGCAUUACAUCACCAUCGUGAAGAGUCAUGGCUUCUGGCUGCUGUUUGAUGACGACAUUGUUGAGAAAAUUGAUGCACAGGCAAUAGAGGAAUUCUACGGUUUGACAUCUGACAUUUCCAAGAACUCUGAGUCGGGAUACAUCCUGUUCUAUCAGUCCAGAGAAUGAAGGAGCAGAGGGGGAACAGAGGAGGAACGUGAGAAGAGAUCAAAAGGAAGGGUAUUUGUGAAGAUGACAUCCGCUAGAUUCCUUUUCCACAUCCCUCUACUUUUUCUCAUCUCAUACUCAGGGUCUCCAGCUGAGACUGAGUGCCAAAAGCCCUCUGUAAUCCCAUUUGCCAGUAUGACAUUUCCCAAUCUCAAUGCACUCUGCGGGGGGAAAUCACAUCUUCAAAUCUGACCCUCAAGUCAGUCACCUGCAUCUGGAAGGCACUUUAUAAACAACAAUAUCUAACACAAAAGUAAUACAACAACAAAAAAAUCACAACAUAUUCAACUACAAUACUUGUGAAAACUUGAAGGAAUCAAAAAGCUACAAAAGGAGCAAUGAGUCCAGGUAGUCUAGCCAGGGUCACUGCUUCUGUUCAUUCAACACCCAGGAAAGUGCCUCUCAUUCUGGGUAUCUGAAACCAGAAAGAGGGAUUCUCUCUCUCAAUCUCUGGCUCAAGGUCAGGGACCCAUUUUGGGUCACUUUAGAUGUUUCAUACUGUGAUGCCCACUCAUCAGUCCACCUUUGUAUGACUCUUACCCAGUAACUGGUUGAAUCCACACAUCCUAGUCCAGUCCUGGUCAUCAGAGGGACUGUAUGCACUGUGGGACAGUUUGUUGUGGAGUUUGGCAUGUUGUGGGAAUAGGAUUAUGAUUUUAAGCAGUAGUUCUGCACAAUGAAUCGAAUGCGAUUAAUCGCGAUUGUCAUGCACUUUUAGUGAGUAAAGCUGGUUCUGUGAUUAGUAGUAGAUCUCCAUCACCUGCUUUCAGAUGGAGUAGCAUUUAUUAAACAUAGCUCAGGAUCAUUUAGGAUUAAGAAAUCGACAAAAUCGUUCGCGAUUAUGACAACUGUUUGCGUAUCUUCUCCGCGAACUUCAACUUUGUGUAGUAAAUGCUGUUUCAUCUGAGAGUACGUGAAAAUACCACAUUUAAUAACAUGUUUUGACUCCGAACUCACUUCAAAACAUCAGUCGAGUGUUUGAAAUAAAUCCUUCUGUGAGAUGAUGUGGCUUCUAAGAAUAAUUAAGGCACACAAUAUAUUGUAUCCUAAGCAGUGAUAAAGGCUAUGUUGAUUAGCAUUUCAUUAUAGAUAUACUUUAUCAUGUUGAAAGUUAUAAUAAGAAGAACUCCGAUAAACCAUAUAUUGCCGUACUCAUGUGUUUAUUAGUCACGUUGAAUCAAUGAAAGCAGUUAAAUCUUCUGUUUAUUCAGCUAUAGCUAUAGGCAUUAGUGAUUUUCGGUUCUUUAACAAAUCAUUCUUUUUGAGCUGGUUUUCAGGAAGUAACCGGUUCACAAAUUGAACAGAAUCAAACUUUAGUUCCGAGUUGAUGACGCAGGACGCACAGCCGAAGUAGCACGUCCAACUAAAAAAAAACUGUUUGAGAUGGUUCAACCAACUGUUGAAGUUUGAGGGGGUUUCCGAAGAUUCUGAUGAGCAAGUUGACGAUAUUGUGCAAGCCUGAGGCACGCACUGGAAAUUAGCUUUUUAUGACUUAAUUUACAUUUGAUUAAAACCUACAAACCUUUCUUUCGAGUGAUGUAAAUAAAUUUUACAAUAGUUUAUUGUGCAUGGAUAUUAUAUUUAAAGUUCCUUAAGUGAAAAUCAAGGAGUUUAUGUUUAUCCAUUCUUUAUACUGUAGACAUGUAGAACAUAUCUGCGUUUGUGCAUCAAUGUCAUGUGUGCUGUAGGUGUGAAACUUUUAAGAAUCUUAUCCAAGUUGUAGGCUAGUCAGUCAAACACCAUUAACUUGAAUUAUAUGGCAAUAAUCAGCAAUAUGCUUUCACACAAAUAAUAAUAAUUUAAAAAAUUAUGUUUCAACAGGCCUAUGUGCUGACACAAAUGACUUGUUUGAAUUUUUCAUUGAUACAACAUGGCACAGAGUUAUUAGAAAAGAAACGCAUAAAGACGUUGCUUGAUGUCUUCAGGAACCUAUGAAUCUGCUGUUUUAACCAGUUCAAUGAGCCGAUCUGUCUGAAAAGAACCGGUUCGUGGAAACGAAUCGGGCUUUGCAUCACUUUAGGCAUUUCCUGGAUACGCAUGACAAUCGCAGCUUCUGCCUAAUCGCGAUUUAUUGCCUUUGCGAUUUAAUUUCGAUUAAUUGUGCAGCCCUACUGAGUGUUCUGUUAGACAAUUGAGUGUGUGUGUGUGUCUGUGUGUGUGUCUGCAUUUAGUCAUGCAGGCAGCUGCUGUGAAGUGACUUUGCUUUUCAUCCAGAAAUAGUUGCAGCCUUGUUACCUAGAGAGUUUUCAAAAGUUGUCCUAUUGAAUUCUUUGCUCCCUUCGAGUAACAAAGAAAAAGGGCAGAACUGCAAGGCUGAAAUGCUGCUUUUGUCUCCCUUAUCUAACACUGUUGUUACCUAACUUCCAUUGUAGGUAAUGGCCUUACUUACUUAGUUACAAGUGUUAACAACCUUGCAGUCUUGAAGUCUUGUUGUUAGGAUCACCAAAAUUUGCCGGCCCUUACUGACUUCAUCCCACAAAGCAUGCUGCUUCUGUCUCACCUUUAUGUCCUGCUUUACUUCCUCCAGUUGGCUUGAAUACAUAUUUUUCUCUCCUAAAUAGACGUUGUAACUUGGUCCGUUUUUUACAAAGUAAAAUGAUGUGGCGUUUCAUUGUAUUAUUACUUUGAGGAGUAGUUCACCCACAAAUGAAAAUUUAAUGAAAAUUUACUCACCCUUAGGCCAUCCAAGAUGUGGAUGUGUUUGUUUCCUCAUCAGAACAUAUUUGGAAAAAUAGUAUCAUUAGUCUAUAUCACUUGCUCACAAAUGGAUCCUCUGCAGUGAAUGGGUGCCGUCAGAAUGAGAGUCCAAACAGCAAAUAAAAACUUCACAAUAGUAAGUAAUUCACAUGACUCCAGUUAACAGCUUGUGAAGUGUAAAGAUGUGAGUUUGUAAAAAAAGAAAUCCAUCAUUAAAUUUCUAAACAUUGCUUCCGGCUAGAAUACAAUGUGCAUAUUUGCUUUAUCGAGUAAAAAAAAAAUUGUCUGGUCUGAAUCAGGAGAGAAAUAUGAAUGGGUCAAGCUCAAGACCAUUUACAAGUCAAUGCAAUUGUAAGCAAAUAUGUCGGUGAAUUUUGAUGUUGCAGGACAACGGGAUGGAAGCGUUAUUAUGAAAUAUACACUCGUAUUUUAGCUGGAAGAAACAGCCCAAGUUUAAAACAUCAAUGAAUUUAUUACCAGAGAUGUAUAAAGUACUAGAGAACCAUACUUGAGUAAAAGUACAAGUGCUCUAUCAAAAAAGUGACUUGAGUAGAAGUAGAAGUGCUCUUUAAGCACCACACUUAAGUAGAAGUACUAAAGUAUUCAACAUUUUUUGUACUUAAGUAUUGCAAGUAGUCUAUUUUAAAAUUUACUACUCAAGUACUGAAAGUAAAAGUAGAAGUAUUGUGUUAUGUAGCUAUUAAAGAAAGUAGUCAAAAGUUUGAACAUAUUGUUUUUACUAUUUCAAAUGAUUAACCUAAAGGACAAUCACAAUUCCUUUGACUGUAACUUCUUGUAAACAAAAAAACGGUUACUAGGGUUAGUUAGCCCAAUUUGCAAAAUGAUGUCAUUAAUAACUUACCCUCAUGUUGUUUCAAACCCUUAAGACAUCAAAGGGUCAUUUAGAAUUUUUUGAAGCAUCGAAAAUACAUUUUGCUCCAAAAAUAGCAAAAACUACGACUUUAUUCAGCAUUGUCUUCUUUUCCGUGUCUGUUGUAAGACAGUUAAAAACAAAGCAGUUUGUGAUAUCUGGUUCGCGAACGAAUCAUUCAAUUUAACCGAAUCUUUUUGAAACAGUCCACCAAAUCGAACUGAAUCGUUUUAAACAGUUCGCGUCUCCAAUACGCAUUUAUCCACAGAUGAAUUAAGCUGUUAACUUGUUUAAUGUGUCUGACACUCCAUCUGAGUUAAAACAAACCAAUAUCCCGGAGUAAUUCAUUGACUCAAACAGUACACUGACUGAACUGAUGUGAAGAGAGAACUGAAGAUGAACAACGAGCCGAGCCAGAUAAUGACUCGUUCGUGAGUCAAGAACCGUUUCUGUCAGACGCGUCCGAUUCGUGAACCGAGGAGCUGAUGAUACUGCGCAUGUGUGAUUUAGCGUGAAGCAAACCGACACACAGAGCGUCUGGAACCGAACUGAUUCUUUUGGUGAUUGAUUCUGAACUGAUUCUGUGUUAAUGUUAUGAGCCCAUGUGCAGUCAACGCCAAUGACGCCAUUGCAUCGAGCGCAAAAGAAUCGGUGAACUGUUUUCUUCAACUGGUUUAUUGAAUCGAACUGUCAGAAAAAACUAACGUUACUGGUCAUCCGAAAACCGAUGCAACCGGUUCUUGACUCGUGAACGAGUCAUUAUCUGGCUCGGCUCGUUGUUCAUCUCUCUCUUCACAGCAGUUCAGUCAGCACGCGCAGUCUCGCUUGAUUCGCUCAAUGAUGUGCCAGCUUCAUCAAACCUGCCAUGCCAUCUACAGUUCUGGCAGUGGUUUGUAAUGGAAUGAUUCGUAACAUUAUUAUAAUUGUAACGAGUAACGAUGCAGCACAUAAAAAAAAUAUCGGAGUAAAAGUAUUAAACUCAGCGAAAAUAUGUACCGAAGUAAAAGUGGAAGUAGGAGAAAAAAAUAAUACUCUAGUAAAGUACAGAUACCGCCUUUUAGUACUUAAGUACAGUAGUGAAGUAGUUCUACUUCGUUACUAUACAUCUCUGUUUAUUACCAAUCUGCAGCUUUUAGCUAGACAACUGCAGUCAUGUGGAUUUCUUGUGGAUCAUUGUUUUCAUCAGCUAUAUGGACUCUCAUUUGUUUUGAUGAAGAAACAAGCUCAACAUUUUUCAGAUUGCCUGAGGGUGAGUACAAAUGUUCAUCGUUGGGUGAACUAUUCCUUUAAUACAUGAAAGUCUUGAACAUGCGAGUCAGUGGUAGGAGAAACCUGAAAUGCACCAGUCUUGAGAUUACUGCAAUGCGGUCAGUAAAGUUUAGGUUUAGGGCUCAUCAUAGUAUCUUAUAGGUUUUCGCUCUUACGAUAAGAACAUGCACACAAUUGCUUUGAUAUGAUGUGAGCGGCUUUUAUCUGAGAGGGCUUUCACUGUUUAAUGUACGUUGUACAGUCAGGAGAGUAUCUGACUUUAGAUAAAUGGGGAGCUUCAUAGAAGACAGUACGAACAGAAUGUUAAUUUUAACAUUUAAUUUUGGAUAUAAAUGGGAGAGACUGAAAGGAAACAAAGUGCAAUACAGGGACAAGAUAAACAUUCCAUGGUCAUUUUACACCAUUUUUUUUUUUUUUUUUUAAAGAAACAACUGAUAGGUACUCCUGUUUAUUUAGUGUAUGCAUUUAUUUUAUGUUUUUAGUUAAGGCAAAUGUUUAAUUUACCAUUUUAUUCUCUCAGAAAUAAUGUGUUACUCUGAGUAAAAAUAGCCCACGACUGAAAUAAAUGAUUUAUGUAUUUGCCUUUUUUGUCCGUUCACAGCACAACAGUAUAGAGUUGAUUUUAAGCUGUUGAUUGAUCCAUUCUCGGCUUGUGGUACCUGUAUCUUCACACUCCUCAACCAACAUCAUAAUGUGUAAUUGUAUGUUACAGCCAGACUACAUGCAAUAUAGAUGUAUGAACACUGUGUAACAACACAAUGUGGGAUUGACUAUGCAGCGUUUGUGUUCGUCCUGUUGUUUCCUGAGGCUUGACAGAUGCUGACUGAUUAUUUGGACAGUUGUUCUUUCAUUUGCAGUUUCCCAGUGAUGCCAGCAAAGUGUUGUUUCUCAAAAAGAGGAGCAAAUGUGGUUGUAUGAAGAUGUUUUGUUGGUACUAAGACCACGUUUCUCUUCUUUCAUUCGUGAUCAAAGUGAACAGAAAUGUGCCAAAAUUGCGGUGGGAAACCUGCAGUCCUUCGAACUGGAAAAUGAAAUGGAUAUUUCUGUGUCAUGAAACUGUACAUAAAUAUUAUGUAGACAUUGGUUAGAAAUAUAUUCUAUUUUUAAAACACUAGACGAUUCUAUUAAAAUUGACCCAAGGGGAGGGAAAGACAUGGUCGCUCAUGAAGAAAUUAAGAGCUAGUAUGAUUUCAGUCAGGUUUCUUACGGUGACCUGGAUGAUUUAGAAGUUUGUUCUGUAGAGUAGCCUAAACUAAAAGUACUGUAACUGCUUAACACUGUGGAUUGAAUCUCCACACACACAUACAUGAACAUCUGGAUUUGUUGAAAACCAAUUAUCAGUUACACACCUUAUAUGCAAAAAAACACACCUGUUUGUUUUGUCCUCUUUUAUUGUGUGUAUUUUCUUUAGGUCCAGAAAAGAGAUGUACAAUGUGUGUGUUUGUGUGUCUGAGAAAGAAAUACCAGGACUCAAACUCUAAUGGAAAGUGUGAUAACUGUAAGUGCACUUUAUCAUAGCAGAACCAAAAAGGUUUCUCGUAGGAACUGGAAUCCUGACUGAGAUUCUUUUGGUUUAUUUUCCUUUCCUCAAUAAAUGAAACACAACUUUA